AUGUCCUUCUCCAGUCGCCUCUUCAAAAGGCGGAGGAUGUCGUCCAACACCACCGGCUCGCUGCAGUCACAGGCCAUCCACGAUGAGCUCCCCGGCGGAGGCGCGUCCGCUGCUACUGGUGCCCUGUUGGAGAGCUCGAGCAGCCCCAGGAAUUCGCUGUCAAGGCCAAGAGCGGUCUCUACUACCACGGUGCCUGGCGCUUCCAGCCUACCCAGUAGGUCUCAUAUCCACAACGUGAAUCAUUCCAAUCAAGGUAAGUCGAGUGGAGAGGGCAGAACUUGGGUUUUGCACGUGGAUGAGGACAUCGGAUGAGCUGAUUGCGAAUAUGAUUGGCAGAUGUUCAGUAUUCGUCAUCCGGGGUGCGUGAACAGACUGCGGAGCUCUCUUCAUCCUUCUUGAGUGAUUCCGAGAUGGGCAAGCAUGUCACUCUUGAAAACAACGAAGACCAAGCCAGACUUGGAGCACCACAACGACCGGAUACCAUUGCGGAGCGUUCGGAGCCUCCUACGCCACGGGCACUUGAGCCCCGAGACCCCACGCAGGUGCUCCCGGACGCCACGGGUGCUCUAUCGAUCUACUCGGACGGGCCUUCACACGACUCUACCGGACUGGGAGCUCGUCCGCAGCCUGCCGCUGGCGACGUACCGGACGUGGUCGUCACGGAUGAGCAGGGCGGUAGAAUGGGCGAAAGGACCCCUCUGCUCCCUCAAGCGCGGCUAUCAGGCCCGCGCACGAAGCGUUAUGAUGGUGCGCCAGCGCUCGAGAAUCAGUCGCAGGCGAAAUUGGAGCCGCCGAGACAAGGAAUCUGGAAUCGCUUUGGCCAUCACUACCCUUCACUAAAGGCACUUGGCCAUGUAGGUCGAGUAUUAGCAAAUCCGAAAGGCUGGGACAUGCGAGCAGUUGGUCAGAAUGUGAUUGUAAGACCCGCAAGUAUGCUGCCGUCCGUCUUUCUAGGCUUGCUCCUGAACCUGCUCGAUGCCCUGUCUUACGGCAUCAUUCUCUUCCCGCUCGGAGAGGAAGUCUUCUCGUCGAUGGGAGCCGAUGGUGUGUCGAUGUUCUACGUGAGCUGCAUAAUCUCGCAGUUGACCUACUCCACCGGCAGCAUAUUCAGGGGUGGUGUCGGCUCAGAGAUGGUAAGUUGAUCGAUCCUGACAAGUGAUGCAUGGCUAAACAAAGACACCAGAUUGAAGUCGUACCGUUCUUCCACAAAAUGACUCACAUGAUUAUGGAGGAGAUGGGAACAGGCAACCCCGAUGCACUCCGGGCGACAGUCAUCACGUCUUACGCCAUGAGCUCCAUCCUGACCGGCAUCAUCUUCUUCAUCCUCGGCAGUGCUCGCUUGGGAACGCUGGUCAACUUCUUCCCUCAUUCGAUCCUGGUCGGAUGUAUCGGUGGCGUCGGCAUCUUCCUGUUCCUCACUGGCGUUGAAGUCUCCGUUCGUCUGGAAGGUAAUUUGUCGUUCACGAAAGACGUCUUUUUCAAACUUGUUGAACCCAUGAGUCUUGCUCAAUGGCUACCGCCGCUUGCUCUGGCUAUCCUGCUCUUGGUCGUCCGCCGCUAUUACGACAAGCCAUUCUUGGUUCCGGCAUACUACAUUGCUAUCACUGCCAUCUUCUACAUUGUCACCGCUGCUGUGCCGUCGCUCCACAUGGAGACACUGCGGAAAGCGGGUUGGGUGUUCGAAGCUCCCGACGCCGACAAGUCGUUCUACAACUUCUACAGCUACUACCAAUUCCGCCUCGUCGAUUGGAAAGCUGUCGGCAUGACGAUACCAUCGCAAUUCGCGCUGACGUUCUUCGGUAUUCUGCAUGUGCCCAUCAACAUCCCUAAUCUGGCCAUGAAGAUGCAGGAGGACAACGUUAGCAUCAACCGGGAAUUGAUCAUGCACGGUAUCUCCAACACCCUUUCCGGAUGUGUCGGGAGUAUUCAGAACUAUCUUGUCUACGUCAACUCGGUUCUCUUCAUGGACACGGGAGGUGACAGUCGGCUUGCUGGGUACCUUCUUGCUGCGGCGACUGCGGCUUUGUGGGUCAUCGGACCGGUCGUCAUUGGAUACGUACCGGUCAUGGUUGUCGGCACGCUCAUCUACUACCUUGGCAUCGACCUGGCCAAAGAGGCUAUUGUCGACACAUAUGGAAGACUCCAUCGCUUGGAGUACUUCACCAUUGUCGUCAUUGCCCUGGUCAUGGGCAUCUACGAUUUCGUUGUGGGCGUUGCAGUUGGCAUUGGGCUUGCUUGUCUUGUAUACGUCGUGCAAACGUCUCGGAAGACGGUAAUCCGAGCUCAAUUCUCUGGAGAGAUUGCAGAGUCGACUGUGCGCCGUCAUCCCCGGCAGCGCAAUUACCUACACCGGGUUGGACCACAAAUCCGGAUUGUCAAACUUGGGGGCUACCUCUUCUUCGGCAGUAUCGUCAACGUAGAGAAGACGGUUCGAGCGCUUAUCGACGCGGAAGCCUUUGCCGCAUCUCCUAUCCGAUACCUUAUUCUGGACUUCUCGCACGUCACCGGUGUCGACUUCUCAGCCGCCGAAGGCUUUGGAAGGAUGAAUCGCGUCUUGAGGAGAAGAGACGUGGAGAUGGUCCUCGCAGGAGUCAAUCUCAAUGACGAAGUCGGACGAAGCUUGAAGAUGGACGGUCUCUUUGAAGAAAGCGACGAGGACCCACCAAUGCCACCCCCAAAGGUCUACGAAAGCCUUAACGGGGCCCUCGAAGCCUGCGAGAACGGCAUGCUCGUCACGCUCACGGAAAAGCAACAAAGCGGCAUGAUGCGUUCUGCAGGCGACUCCUCCCCACCCAUGCCCAUACCUUCCGAACAGCCCAAACAGGCAUCCAUCUCCGACCUCGACAGCGUCUUCGGCUCCCCACGAACGAACCUCCGCCUUCGCGCCGCCACAGAGACCAUCGUUGAGGAUCAGAGCACCUCCUCCCCUCAACAAAACAAAUGGCAGAAUCUCAAACAACCUCUACCCCUGAUCCUCCAAGCCUUCCAGGACCUCACGUCCCAAAACGAAGAUUUCUGGUUCCGCGCGGUCCCCUACUUCACCAGGAGGGAAUUCACCAAAGGCCAACUGCUCUACGCCCGGCACGACAAGCCGAACGGGUUCUACCUGCUGCAAUCCGGCAUCCUGAGAGCGGACUAUUCCCUCGAACAAGGCAACUAUCAGGAAUCCAUCGUCGCGGGCACCACCUGUGGCGAAUUGCCGUUCUUCAGCGACACGGAGCGGACGUGCAGCGUGCUGGCGGAGACGGACUGCGUGGCGUGGUGUCUGACGCCGGAGCAGUGGAAGGCCUUACAGGGGCGAGAUGUCGAAGUCGCGCAGGAAUUGUUGAAGGUGGGGCUGAAAUUGAGCGCGGAGAGGAUGAAUGCUAUUACUAGUUAUGUUCUGAUCACGGCGAGUUGA